ACACAACAAAUUAAUAAAGGAAAAGGAAAAAGUUCAUUCCUCUCUCUCCAGUCUCAAAUAACAGUCGCACUAAAGGUUCGUUACACAGUGAUUGUUUCUGAUCAAUCAAAGGGAAGGAAGUGAUGGAGUCUUCUUCUGUGUUUGCUAACAUUGUUCGAGCUCCUGAAGAUCCCAUUCUCGGAGUGACAGUUGCAUAUAACAAGGAUAGCAGCCCACAUAAGUUGAAUUUGGGUGUUGGUGCUUACCGAACCGAGGAAGGGAAGCCUCUGGUUUUGAAUGUGGUGAGAAGAGCAGAGCAGAUGUUAGUGAAUGACAGCUCUCGGGUCAAAGAAUAUCUUCCCAUUGUUGGACUUGCCGAUUUUAACAAAUUGAGUGCCAAGCUUAUUUUUGGUGCUGAUAGUCCAGCCAUACAAGAGAACAGAGUGACUACUGUCCAGUGCUUGUCCGGUACUGGUUCUCUGAGGGUUGGGGCUGAGUUUCUUGCUAGGCAUUACCACCAACUCGUGAUUUACAUCCCGAAUCCCACGUGGGGAAAUCAUACCAAAAUCUUCGGUCUUGCAGGGCUGUCUGUGAAGGCUUACCGUUACUAUGAUCCAUCAACACGUGGGCUGGAUUUCCAAGGCUUGCUAGAGGAUCUUGGAGCUGCACCAUCAGGAUCUAUAGUGCUUCUUCAUGCAUGUGCUCAUAACCCCACUGGUGUUGACCCAACCAUUGAACAAUGGGAGCAGAUCAGACAGUUGAUGAGAUCAAAAGGGCUGCUACCUUUCUUUGACAGUGCUUACCAGGGUUUUGCUAGUGGUAGCCUAGAUGCAGAUGCAGGGUCUGUUCGCAUGUUCGUUGCAGAUGGCGGUGAAUGUCUUGCAGCUCAGAGUUAUGCAAAAAACAUGGGCCUCUAUGGGGAACGUGUUGGUGCUCUCAGCAUAGUUUGCAAGAAAGCAGAUGUUGCAAGUAGGGUUGAGAGCCAGUUGAAGCUUGUGAUACGGCCCAUGUAUUCUAAUCCACCUAUUCAUGGUGCAUCAAUUGUGGCCACCAUUCUCAAAGACAGGGAUAUGUACAAUGAAUGGACUGUUGAGCUGAAAGCAAUGGCUGACCGGAUUAUAAGCAUGCGCCAACAACUAUUUGAUGCUUUAUCUGCUAGAGGCACUCCUGGUGACUGGAGUCACAUUAUCAAGCAAAUUGGAAUGUUUACCUUCACUGGCUUGAACACUGAACAAGUUGCCUUCAUGACCAAAGAGUAUCACAUAUACAUGACAUCUGAUGGGAGGAUAAGCAUGGCAGGUCUUAGUUCCAGGACAGUCCCUCAUCUGACAGAUGCCAUACAUGCUGCUGUUACCCGUGUUGGCUAAAAUCAACAGAUUUUUGGUCUAUAUAUAAUAAGAACUCUCUGGAUUGGAGGCUCCGCUUCUGGGGAUCUUUUUCCCAACUUCGUUUGAGCGGAUGCGAUGUUUUCAUUAAGACUUGAGAAGAUGCCAUUUUCCUUUUGAGACAGUUAUGGCUUCUUCUCUUUUCCCCGUUGUUAUGUUAUUGGCUCGCCUUACCUGACUA